CGAAAGCGCGCGCGGAGCCGGGUGGUGCGGGGCUAGGACGCGGGAGUCUGGCGCUGAGCCCCAGCCGGACUCCAGAACUUCCCAGAAGGAUCUCUGCUCGUGCUUCUGCAUCUCCUCCAGGGUGGUCCCAAGGAUAGAAGACAUGUGUUUAAUGGGCCCCAGGCUGUAAUAGGGCUGAAUGAACAGGGGAAUUGGUCCUGGUCCUCCACGAUGUCUCCAGCAGCAGCCCAGAUAUCACCCUUGGAAUUUGUCUUUGGACCCUGAACACCCAUUCAAGCAGGAGGGGCCCUUGUGGCUCCAGGGCCAGAUUCUGGAGCAGCAAGGGGGCCCCCGGGGACCAUGGGCACCUCCAGGCUCUACACCUUGGUACUAGUGCUGCAGCCUGAGCGAGUUCUCCUGGGCAUGAAGAAGCGAGGCUUUGGGGCCGGCCGGUGGAAUGGCUUCGGGGGCAAAGUUCAAGAAGGAGAGACCAUCGAGGACGGGGCCAAAAGGGAGCUGCGAGAGGAGAGCGGUCUGACUGUGGACACACUUCACAAGGUGGGCCAGAUCAUGUUUGAGUUUGUGGGUGAGCCUGAGCUGAUGGACGUACACAUCUUCUGCACAGACAGCAUCCAGGGGACUCCUGUGGAGAGCGAUGAAAUGCGCCCUCGGUGGUUUCAGCUGGACCAAAUCCCCUUCACUGACAUGUGGCCAGAUGACAGCUACUGGUUUCCCCUCCUGCUCCAGAAGAAGAAAUUCCAUGGGUACUUCAGGUUUCAGGGUCCCAACACCAUCCUGGACUAUACGCUACAUGAAGUGGACAAACUAUAGAGGCAGUACGGUGCAGGAGACUGGCUGCAGAACCACCGCACUGUCACUUCACACACUCACUGAGCCCCCAAGGCGGGACUGCAGUCGGGGGUGGAGUGGAGGGAGGUGGACGUGAAAAUAAAGAUCUUUUAUCUCUUC